AUGGGGGUGUCAUUGUUAGUCUCUCCUUCCUGUCCUUAUACUGUCACACAAAUAUCUAUACCCAACAACUAUGCUCUUGCUGUCAAGAUUGGUACCUUUCGACUUAUAUGCCUUUACUUACCAUCCUCUAUGCCCACUCAUGAAGCUCUUGAUAUCCUCUCAGCCAUUCCUUUAACUGAUGAUACCAUUAUAUGUGGAGAUUUUAAUGCACGCCUUGGUUCAGUAACUGGUGACUAUGCAUCUAACCUUCAUGGUGUAGCUUUAGAGCAAUGGCUUGAAAAACAAUCUUUAACUGUCCUCAAUGGAGUUCUCUCACCAUGCACACCCACAUACAUUUCCUUUCAUAACGAAGUUGAAAUCAGCAGCAUCAUUGACCUUUUUAUCACCAACAUCAACUUUGCCAACCCUUCUUUACACAUUGCAACCGAACUAUCUUUAGGCUCUGAUCACCAACUUCUCUCACUUUCCUUUACUUAUGACCUGCAACACUCACCACCAGCACCUCCACCUAUGCACCAAACUUGGAAUCUGUCAUGUCUUUAUGAAGAAGAUGUCAGAUCAUUAUAUGUCACCACCUUUGUCACCAAAUCCGCCUCCAUUCUCAUCACACUACAAGACCUUGUUCAGAAUCUGCCAACUAUAUUAGCUCCAUUGGUUCUUGCCCCCCUCGCCCCUCACAUUGGAAAUCGUUUUGGACCCCUGCAUUGCAAGCUGCAGCCGGCCAUAGAGAUGGCUGUUACAAGCAAUGGCGUUGAGCUUGUGGCAUUGACAAGAUCAAUUGCUGGAGCCGGCACCAACAUGCACAUAAGAAGUUUCGUCAGCAAGUUCAAACUGCAAAGCAUUUGUCUUGGCAUGCUUUUUGCCACUCAAUGA